GGGGGGGGGGGUUGAGGACCAGCAGGACCGAACUUUCGGUAGAAAAAGAUUUUGACUGACGUUUCCUUUUGAACACACACAAACAACAUCCUGUCUCCCACCUCCACCACACGCAGCAUUUAUGUUUGCGUUUCAAAGGAAUGUUUCCUGGUAAUUACACACCCUUACACACCCACACCCACGGCAUCGUGUACGCGUGUUUGUGGUCCGUCUUCAGUCUCAAAUUGAAAGCUGACGAAAACAACACGUCACACGCUAACCGCACUGGAGGCCACGCCCACGCCGCCAGUCAGCCGGAAAUGCUGCUAGCAACACCGACACAAGGAGAGGAGGUCGGGGUGUCUUCCGGGAUGAGAGCACCCUGGCGCCUGGCUGGUCCGGAAGUCCACGGAGGACAACGUCCCAAUGCGUGUUGAGGGCGUGCCCAGACGUUCCAGCGCACGCGGGGAGCGUGCACGUGUCUCCAGGUGUGUUUAGCCGCCAGGAAGUGCCUGUGAUGUGGUCUCACUUGAAAGCCCCAGACAAGACUUGAGGCGCAGAGGGAGGAUCACAGGGCCGUCAGCGUGUAUAAAACGAGCGCUCCGCGGGGUCUCCAGCAGAUCGGGUCUUUGCGGGUCUGGGGUCCUUCUGGGAUUUCUCUGGGAAUAUUUCUCCACGUUGGAUGAAGAUGGCGUCAACGUGCCCGUGGCUGUGGCGUGUGCUGCUGUGCACGUGUCUCGGUGGCGUCCUGGCGCUGGACUCCAACGCCAUCAGGUGGUCCAAAGGGGACGCUCAGAGUCCUGCGCUGUUGAGGGGUUGCGGCAACCACGCCCAAAGGACGUCGUAUCACGCGGAUGGCGACCCUGAGGACGCGGUGACGCCCAUCAAGAGCAAAGAGACGUCCGCCUGCGUGCGGUCCUCGGACUGCCAGGCGGGCUUGUGCUGUGCCCGCUACCUGACGGGGAGGCGGUGCCAGCGCGUCCCGGCCGAGGGCGACGUCUGCCUGCUGCGAGGCUCCAAGCUCAGGAGGAAGUUGGGACGCUGCGACUGCGGCGCCGGUCUGGCGUGCUCCGCCCCCUCACUCCGUGAGGGUGUCAGGGUCAAGGGUCAGGGCCUCUGCGUCCCCCGCCGAGGACCAGGUCGAGGGAAGACCCGGAGGACGGCCGAGACCGGAUGCUGACCCGGUGUAGUCGGUCACGUGAUCAGGUUCCUCCUGGGCCCUGUUGAUCUUUCACAAUAAAAGCUUCAAAGUGCCGGCUGCAGCCAACUGUUAGUCUGUUUGCAUGCUGGAGUGAACUCUGGCCUGGAAAAGCUAGCAAGUGCGAGUUGUAGUCCAAAACAGCUAGCAAGUGCGACUUGUAGUCCAAAAGAGCUAGCAAGCGCGAGUUGUCAAGGCAAUGUUUGAAUGUUUUAUUCUUUCAGGUGUAAAGAAAACCGUCAGACGUCCAAGUUAAUGCAAAAGAAACUUUCACAGCAAAGUCACAAAUGCAGCAACAAGUUUGGAAACGUAAAAAAACAGAAAUCAGGGGGGGGGGGGUUCCAUCAGUAGGAAUGUUGAAUGACGGGGCGGCGCCGGGGGGGCGGCUCAGAGCUGGCCGCAGUCGGCGAUGGCGACCUUCUGGGAGGUUUUGCCCGAUUGGCUGCCAAGCUUCUCCAUGGCGGUGACCACAUCCAGACCCUCCACCACGCUGCCGAACAC